UUUGACUUGUAAACUAAAUACCCUAACUCGUAAUGUCUGGUAUCAUGGUCAACGGAACUUAUCUACCAAAUCCAUAUACACCAGCAGCCUUUCUGCCUCCAGAAAUUGCAAUUUCAGAGCAGAUAUCACAAUAUGUACUUGUUGGCUCAGCUGGUGCCAUAAUUUGGGACAUACUGUCGAACUUGAUUAGUGACUACAAGCUCCUAUCUAGACAUAGGAUUGGUCUACCCACAAUGGUGUAUUUUCUCUCGAGGAUUGCAACCCUCUUUUACGUCCUAAUAUGUACCAUUUUUGAAACUGCUCCUCUUGGCGACUGCAGUACAUAUCAAUUAGUCAACGACAUCUCGCUCGCCGUUGCUAUUCCAAGCACUGCGUUACAAUUCUUCCUUCGAAUUCGUGCCAUCUUCACCGGGAACAAGUAUAUCAUCUUCUUUUUCUUCUUCCUGUGGCUAGGUGUCCUUGGAUGUUGCAUGUCAUCCAUAACGGGCAUACAGGGUGUCACAAUUGGUCUAACGCAAUACUGCACCAACCCUGAACCGAAGCUGUAUAUUGUCUCCCCAACUAUCGCCGUGGUCGUUCACGAUACGCUCGUCUUCCUCGCCAUCUCAUGGCAUUUAAUGUCGCACUUUGAUGCCGAUCCUGGCACGAGAAGCUGGUGGAAGUCGUUCUUUUCCGGCCACUAUCUCCCCCAUUUUACCAGAAUGCUCCUGCGGGAUGGCCAGGUGUAUUACUUGAUAACUGUGAUCAGUAAUUUGGUGGUCGUCAUUGUGAUUCUCAUAACCUCAAUCCCCGGGGCGUACCGAGCCAUGCUUUCCGUCCCUAACAUGGUGAUAACAAACGCAAUGGCCUGCCGUGUCUUCCGGAGCACCCGAUUGCGAGGUGGUGCUGGUGCAAGUAUGAGCGGACAGUCCGAAUUCAAUACUCUCCCUUUAGCAUUUAGACAGAGCACUGUGCACAGCGAUGUAGGACAUUCAGCUGAUAACUCGGAGUAUUUGACGGUUAGUAUAGAGGAAAUGGCAAAAUGAAAGUUUUUGUGGGAAGUCCAUGGGCUCCAUAGGCGUGGUGAAAUUGGAUAAUAGGGUCUACCUGC